AUGGCGUCGUUGAAGGAGAUCCUAAAGAGGCAGCCGGUGGCGGCAACCAUCCGGCUUACCAUCCCCGCCGGAGCUGCCAGACCAGGACCACCAGUUGGCCCGGCGAUAGGUCAAUACAGGCUAAACAUAAUGGCAUUCUGCAAAGAUUUCAACGCCAGAACACAAAAAUACAAACCCGACACCCCAGUUGCUGCCACUGUCAAGGUAUUCAAAGAUCAUACUUUUGAGCUUACCAUCCGAUCACCUUCCGUCACAUGGUACUUGAAACAGGCUGCUGGAAUCACCUCCGGCAGCCGGAUGCCAGGCCACGUUGUCGCAUCGAGCCUAACCCUAAAACAUAUAUAUGAGAUCGCGAAGGUGAAGCAGUCGGAUCCUUAUUGUCAGUAUAUGUCGUUAGAGGCUAUUUCAAAAUCGAUUAUAGGUACGGCUAAUUCUAUGGGGAUUAAGGUUGGUAAAGAGUUGGAUUAA